UCCCUUCUCUCGCUAGUCCAGCAUUUAUACUGCAUUACAUACUGUGGUGCCCAGUUAUAGAAUAAUUAAUUUUUCAUACAGACUUUCAUCCCUUGGCUCAAUUUAUCACAUAAAAAGGAUAUGCCUUUUUCCGAGGUCUCCAUUAUCUUAAUACAAAAGUUUAUUGAAAUGGUUUUUCUCUUCUGUAUCAUCAUCAUCAUCAUCAUCAACAGCCUAUCUUAGUCCACUGCUGGACAUAGGCCUCUCCAAAUCAUGGCAGGUGUAGAGCAGCCGUGCUACACUCUCAUUAACUUUUCAACAGACACAGAGCCUAACAAUGAGAUGCAACUCAAGCUUGAUCUUGAGAAGGGUGAUACAAAGAAGAAGAUUGAGGCCCUGAAAAAAGUUAUAAGCAUUAUCCUAUCUGGCGAGAAGAUACCAGGGUUGCUGAUGAUCAUCAUCAGGUUUGUGCUGCCGCUGCAGGAUCACACCAUCAAGAAGCUGCUCUUGAUCUUCUGGGAGAUUGUCCCAAAAACUACACCUGAUGGCAAGCUCAUGCAAGAAAUGAUUCUUGUGUGCGAUGCCUAUAGGAAGGAUUUGCAACACCCCAAUGAGUUCCUGCGUGGGUCGACGUUGCGUUUCCUCUGCAAACUGAAGGAGCCUGAGCUACUGGAGCCCCUGAUGCCGGCCAUCCGCGCCUGCCUCGAGCACCGCCACUCCUACGUGCGCCGGAACGCAGUGCUGGCCAUAUUCACCAUCUACAGGAACUUUGAGUUUCUGAUCCCGGACGCGCCUGAACUAGUGGCCCAAUUCCUGGAGACGGAGCAGGAUAUGUCGUGCAAGAGGAACGCCUUCCUGAUGCUGUUGCAUGCUGAUCAAGAGAGAGCGUUACAAUACCUGGCCUCAAGGCUUGACCAUGUUCAUUCGUUCGGGGAUAUCCUGCAGUUGGUCAUCGUCGAGCUCAUCUAUAAGGUGUGCCACGCGAACCCAUCGGAGCGGUCGCGGUUCAUCCGCACGGUGUACGGGCUGCUGAACGCUCCCAGCGCCGCUGUGCGGUACGAGGCGGCCGGAACGCUCGUCACGCUGUCCAGCGCGCCUGCCGCCAUCAAGGCGGCGGCCGCGUGCUACAUCGACCUGAUCGUGAAGGAGAGCGACAACAACGUGAAGCUGAUCGUGGUGGGGCGCCUCAGUGCGUUACGCAGGAUCGGGGGAGACGCGGCCACGCGAGCGCUGCCCUCACUCGCCAUGGACGUGCUGCGCGUGCUGCACGCCUGCGACCUCGACGUGCGAAGGCACACGCUGCAGCUGGCUCUGGAUCUGGUGACUCCUCGUCACGCUGAAGAGUUGGUGCAGGUUUUGCGUAAGGAAGCCACUCGCGCCAGCAGCGCCGACCACGAUGAUGCAGCCAAGUAUCGACAAUUACUCGUUCGGGCCUUGCAUCGAGCUGUUAUCAAGUUCCCGGAGGUAGCUGCUAGCGUGGUGCCUACCCUGGCCGAGCUGGCGGGCGACGGCUCGGAGCCUCACGCUUAUGACGUGAUGGUGUUCUUAAGAGCCGCCUUACAUUCCUUCCCGGACCUGAGGCAGUCGGUAUACCAGAAACUUCUGGAAUGCUUGCCGGCCAUCAAGGUCGGCAAAGUGGCGCGCGCGGCUUUGUGGCUCGUCGCAGAGUUCGCUGAUACUGAGGAGAGGGCGCUGGCCGCAACACAACUGCUGGCUUCCUUACUACCCUCCCCUACUAAUACUGACCAGGAAGAGAACCCUGCACCGCAACCAGAUACUUCGGCCCCUCGCCAGCUGGUGACCAGUGACGGCACCUACGCCUCGCAGUCCGCCUUCAACCUGCCCCAGUCGUCAGCCACAUCGACUGGUUCCGAGCCGGGGCUCAGUGUAGCUCUUCGUUCCGGCGAUAGUUUCACGGUCGCUUGCGCAUGUUCGUGCUUGGCCAAACUGGCUCUAAGACUGGAGGGGGCGGAAUCCACGCGCGCCUUGCUAUUGGCGGCUAGACUGCUGGCUCAUCACAAGAAGCAAGCUGGUGCUAACAACGGGCAAGCCCUAACAGCUGACGACUUAGAACACGCAGCGGUUUGUUUACAAGCGGGUUCUCGCCGGCCGCCCGUGGUGACAGAGGCGUGGCUGCAAUCCUCGCGGGCCGCACUCGCCGCCUUACUGGCGCUGAAUGUCACCCAGCAUCACCUGCUGGAGCCCCCCACGCAGGAAAACGAGCCAGAGCCAACGUCUCGCGCCGUGGAUGUGGAGACCGGAAUACAGUUCAACGUAUUGAGUGCGGCACUGACGCAGACUACGCACGAUAUGUUCGAGGUGUCUCUGUCGCGCGCCGUGCAAGGUCGCAGCACCGGCGCUUCUGAGGAGAAGAACAAGCUAUCUAAAGUGACUCAACUGACGGGUUUCUCCGACCCCGUGUACGCGGAGGCCAUCGUCUCCGUCAACCAGUACGACAUCGUGCUCGACAUCCUGGUGGUCAACCAGACCGACGACACGCUGCAGAAUUGCAUGGUGGAGCUGGCGACGCUGGGGGAGCUGCGGCUCGUGGAGCGGCCUGGGGGCGUCGUGCUGGCGCCGCGGUGCCAUGCCUCCAUACGGGCACAUGUCAAGGUGGCCUCCACCGAGAACGCCGUCAUAUUCGGGAACAUAGUGUACGAAGUGACGGGCGCGUCGAUGGACCGCGGCGUGGUGGUGCUCAACGACGUGCACAUCGAUAUCGUCGAUUACAUCCAACCCGCAGUCUGUAGCGACGCCGACUUCAGGACCAUGUGGGCGGAGUUCGAGUGGGAGAACAAGGUGUCUGUGAACACAAACAUCACAGAUCUGCGCGAAUAUCUCGACCAUCUUCUAGCGUCUACCAACAUGAAGUGCCUUACUCCAGAUAAGGCGUUGUCUGGUCAGUGCGGCUUCAUGGCUGCGAAUCUGUACGCGCGCUCGAUAUUCGGCGAGGACGCGCUCGCCAACCUCAGCAUCGAGACUCCGCUCCACAAGCAGAACGCGCCCGUCGUGGGACACGUACGGAUCCGGGCCAAGAGCCAGGGCAUGGCGUUGAGUCUGGGUGAUAAGAUCAACAUGAUGCAGAAGGUGUCGCCACAGAAGCCUCCCGCCAACCCCAUCCCUGCCGCCUAG